AUGAGCCCCAUCACUUCUUCCAUAUCAGCCUUGGGCAUCUAUGCCAUUCCGAAACUCACCAAGAAGAACUGGGUCAAAUUCAAGACAAAGACUGUCAUGUUGUUAACAGCGCGCAGCUUGAACUGUCACCUUGACAGCACCAUCAAAAUUCCCCAGCCACUUCCUUUUUUGAGUGAUGGUAAAAAGAUCAUGCUUCACAACAAGACAAUGGAGGCAACCAAAGCUGACAUUGAGUUGAACCUGACCCUCCUUGAUGCGCAUGCACAGAAGGAAGCCCUCGCUACUCAGCAGCUCUAUGCAACUGUUCUGAACACCAUGAUGAUUCAGGUGCAGAACAAAGGCUCCAUUGCAGCAAUUUGGAAGGCCAUUUGCCUCAUCUAC